UUCUCUCGAAACUUUCAGAUUCGCCGUUUUCAUUACAGAAACCUAUACGUAUACACACAUAAAUCCCUUUUUCAACUUUGUGAUUUAUUUUUUCGGUGAUUAACUGUGUUCUUGAAGAUGCAAUCAAGUACCAACGGUGGUGGUUCUGAUCCGCAGCAACAACAAACCACCCAGAACAAUCAGCCUGCGGUGGUGGCAACCACGGCACCGCCGCCGCCAGCGGUUGUAGGGGUUGGGCCACAACAGCAACAGUGGGUGGCGAUGCAGUAUCCAGCCGCAGCGAUGGUAAUGCAGCAUCAAAUGAUGGCGCCGUCUCCGGGACAUUACCCGAUGGCUCCACACUACAUGCCGUACCAUCCACACCACCUCCAUCAUCCGGUGGCGCAACAGCCGCAGCAGGGCUCAGGCGGCGGCGGUGCCGGCGGAGAGAACAGAACGAUCUGGGUCGGUGACCUUCAUAAUUGGAUGGAUGAGGAUUACCUGCGUAGCUGUUUUGCUUCCACCGGCGAGGUUGCCUCCAUUAAAGUUAUUCGCAAUAAGCAAACUGGUUUUUCGGAGGGAUAUGGAUUUGUGGAGUUCUUUUCGCACGCUGCAGCCGAAAAGGUUUUGCAGACAUAUACAUGCAUUGCUAUGCCUAAUACAGAACAACCAUUCCGAUUGAACUGGGCCACAUUUAGCAUGGGAGAUAAGCGUUCGAAUAAUGGUUCUGAUCUUUCGAUAUUCGUAGGAGAUUUAGCUGCGGAUGUAACUGAUACUUUAUUGCAUGAAACUUUUGCUAAUAAAUACCCAUCCGUUAAAGCUGCUAAAGUUGUGAUUGAUGCCAAUACCGGCCGCUCUAAAGGUUAUGGUUUUGUAAGGUUUGGAGAUGAUAGUGAGAGGACUCAGGCCAUGACUGAAAUGAAUGGCACAUACUGCUCGAGCCGGCCCAUGCGUAUUGGUGCUGCUACCCCACGAAAAUCGUCUGGUUACCAACAACAAUAUGGCUCACAAGGUGGUUAUAUGUCGAAUGGUGGUUCUCAAUCUGAUGGAGAUUCUAACAACACUACGAUAUUUGUGGGAGGGCUUGACCCUACUGUAAAUGAUGAGGAUCUUAGGCAGCCCUUCUCCCAGUAUGGUGAGAUAGUUUCAGUGAAAAUACCCAUUGGAAAAGGAUGUGGAUUUGUACAAUUCGCCAACAGAAAUAAUGCCGAAGAGGCACUGCAGAAAUUAAAUGGCACGACAAUUGGGAAGCAGACCGUGCGACUUUCUUGGGGUCGUAAUCCAGCAAAUAAGCAGAUGAGAAAUGAGUACGGAAACCAGUGGGGAGGAGCGUACUAUGGAGGGCACAUCUACGAUGGAUACGAGUAUGCCAUGACACCACCUCAUGAUCCAAGCAUGUAUGCUGCAGCAUAUGGGGCUUAUCCUAUGUAUGGCAUUCAUCAACAACAAGUAAGCUAGCUAAUAUUAUAUCGAGCGAUCGAGGCAGAUGGAUCAGAGCAUCGAUCGUAAAAAUGGGCACAAAUUUGUGUGUUCCAUUUGUAGUAGUGUCCUCUUGGGAGUACUGUAGAAUGCGCCCAACUCUUUCCUCCCUCUUAAUAUGGAGUGGUGGUUGAAUUUUGACUACAUGAGCUAGUUUCGUCGUAGGGUUUCAGUAAACAUCGAUCGGUCAUGUGUUUGUUUUCGCACGUAUCGUGUGGGAUUUUAACUCUUUAAGACUUGGUAUUAGUCGUAAUAAACGAAAUCACAAAAUUUUAUAUGAUGGUUUAUUGGCUCGUA